AUGUCGCUUCUGUGUUGUAUUCCGAUAAAUCAGUCUGGAACGACUAAAGAUAUCGUGGAAGAAGAUGACUUCUUCAGAGUAUUUGUCAUGGCUGAUCAGAACAAGGAAUCGGAGAAGUUGGUGAAGAAGUGUGGAUUGAUAGCGUCGGGAAUUGAGAUUCAAUACGAGGCAGGCUUCAAUCGGAUCGUCGUCAAGUAUGGAGAGGACGACUUCACGUUCAACUUGAUUGGAAGUGUCAAGAAGGAGGAUUUCGGGAAAUUGUACCCGGAAACCGACGUGACUUGCUUCUACUACUUCGACAUCAAGCUCAACGGAGUCGAGAUCCUUACCGAUCGUCUCCUCGAAAUCCUCCACAACCAAUGUGUCGACAGUCUCUGCUUCCGUGACCCACAUCGUGACAUCCGUCAACUGUGCAACUUUCCACAGGUCUUCUCCGCUAAAAGCAUCCAAAUCGACAAGCCAUCGGUGACUGCGGAGGAGCUAGACUUCAUCGGAAAGAAGUUUAAAGAUCUCAGCCUGGUGUGUUUCCAUACAACUCCACCGUCCGGAUACGAAGCAUUCCCGUUGAAGUAUAGAACGGCUUGCAUUGAGAAUGACAGUAAUCUCGAGGUGGAUGACUUGGUGGGCAUGAAUUGUAAGCAUUUGGAUAUCCUCAAGACAAGAAUGAAGACGUCUGAUCUUAACAAGUUCAUCAAGUUCUGGAUGGGAUGUCAACGUCCCAGUAACAUCAAGACUAUCACUAUCUGCAAGUUGGAGAAAGACACGCACCUCUAUGAGGGACUUGACGUCGGCCCGUGGAAUUAUGAACUCAGAAGUCGUUACUUCAAAUCGUGGAAGCAGGUGGCAAUCGACUGUUCGGAAGGGUUGGAUGUGGUCAGGGACGACGGAAAGAUGGCGACAAUUAACUACACUGACACUGGCGUUUUUCAAUUCGUCGUCUGGAACAAACGGUUCCAUGAGAUUCCAGAAUACUACCCGAAGAUGUUGGGAGAUGUCUUGAUGAAUUGA